CCGAGUUAUACAUGCGAAGCACCCACGGUAUGGCAUCACAAAUUGUUUCACUGUCUAAUGGUGACAAUCAGUCGAUCAAGAUUGACACCAAUUUGAGCUUUGGAAUCAGUGGUUUUAUCCGGCACCUUGAUGACAAUGAUGCCAAGGUCAAAGAAAGAGAUGAUAGCUCUGAAGAAGACUCUGUCUUAUGUGCCCUCUAUGAGCUUCCUAAUACAAGUCUGCAUAUGCCUCGUUUACUUGAUGGUGUACAACAUCCUUCCAAGACAAUCAAUGAACACGAGCUUAUAGAAACAGUUCUAUGGCAUGAAUGUCAGGGAAAUGUGACCACCCGAAGGUGUGUCAGUCAUGCCUCAACUUUCUUUCAUUUAUUUUUUUUACUUGCUCUCUCCGGACUCAUUUGGUAAAAGCAAAAUGCAGCAU